UUAGAUUUAAAAAAAUAAAAUAAAAAAUGUUUGCGCUUAUGCUAAACAAUACGUAUUCGUAGCAUGCGCUUUGGCGUUGAAAAAUCAGUAACCCUCAUGAAAAUCGGUUCCGAAAUGAGCAAGUUACGACUUAAUUUCUAUGUCCAUGCAUUGCCUUCAAUGGGAACGAUUACCUUCACAACAUGGCUGCCACGAAGGCACGUCGGUUAACCGGGCUGCUAGCGCGCGCUGGCGUAUUUUGUCUUCAUAUCUAUGCUUGUCACUGACACUGCCUAGUCAAUCGUGGCGUCGUUGACGCGGGAGUGACUGUCAACACAGAAACAUGGCUGCCUCUUCGGCGAGCCGCAAGGCAACAAACGGAGGCAACGUACCCAAAGACAGCCCCGGCUGUCACGAAGAGCCCGUGUCGCAGACCCGAGAGAUAAUUAAACCCUCCAUACUGGAACUGACCAAAGAAGUCAGGACGAACAUUCUGUGCACCGUUGAAGGAUGUGGCAAGAUCCUCCCUAACACACCUGCAUUGAACAUGCAUCUUGUGAAGUCGCACAGAGUGAAGGACGGUAUUGUCAACCCCACAGUCAGAAAGGACAUGAAGGCGUCAAAAAAGCUUUACUGCUGUCCCAUUGAAGGCUGUCCUAGGGGACCUGGCAGACCCUUCUCUCAAUUUUCCCUGGUGAAACAACACUUUAUGAAGAUGCAUGCAGAGAAGAAACACAAGUGCUCCAAGUGCAACAAUGGCUACAGCACCGAGUGGGACCUCAAGAGGCACACAGAGGACUGUGGAAAGACCUACCAGUGUACGUGUGGUUGCCCCUAUGCCAGCCGGGCUGCACUACUGUCGCAUAUCUUGAGGACAGGACAUGAGAUUCCUACUGAGCACAGAAUUCCACCAGUAAAAAAGCGAAAGCUGGAGAAACUCGCCACUAAUUCUGAAAAGGUUAAGAUCAAUGACUCUGUGAUUAUUCCUUCUACUCGUGAGCUAAUAGAGGAUUCGUCAUCUUCUGACAUCAUCAUUCAAAGCCCAGACUCUGCCAGUCAGAUUUUCAGCGGCCACAAGAGCCUCCAGAAGCAGCUUUUACCAAAACCCAAUAUGGCAUUAGUCAGUGUGCCAGUAAUGCAGCUGGCCCACCUACCUGUUCUCCUUCCCUCCACAGAAAGCGGCAAUCUUAGGUCUGUGGUCCUGGCGGUCAACAGCCAAGGCUCUGUUAGCACCCUUCACCUUCUGCCACAGGCAUCAGGAGCUGUGGUACCACAGCUGGAUGCUAAGUGCUUAGGUUUCCAGGAUAGCAUGCCUACUUCUCGCUCCGGCCUUGGGCCCAUCAGCACAGGGGUGCAGGUUGGAUUUGACAAUUCGGUUACACAUGACUCAGGCAGCAUCUUGGGAGCACAACGAGGAAGGAGCACCUCUACCAACAUUCAGACUGACAAGUCCUAUCUGUCAAAAAUGCCUACAGGGGUUGCGGAGGGGAUCGGAUUGUGUUCUGUGGGAGAGUCCUCUGUGUCAUCCUGCUCCCAGACAGACAUCAGUGUGAGUGCCCAAGUCCUCCUGCCAGUUAGUGUUCAAACCCAGACAUUCCACACCCGUGUCAGAAGCACCUCCACUAUCGGGGCUCAGACAGACAACCAAUCCUUGAACCAAAGUAUUUGCCUCUCCUCUUCAUCUCCACCAUCAAGCAAAACCAGGCAGACGCAGACCUAUUUCACAAUCGCGCAAUCAAACGACAAGGCUCAGGAUCAGGUCAUCAUGUGCACUGACCUUUUCAGCAGCGAUGCCCUCAGUGUUUCCACCCAGACUGCUCUGCGUGUGGAUGAGCCUCUGGAAGCCACAGGAAGUAGUUUGUACGAUGCUGGAAAGGCAGCAGGAGGCAUGUGCUUUGGGGUUCAGACAGAUUUGCUGAGCUCCAAUAACGUGGCAGACAACCAAACCCAAACCAUGACCUUGUUAAAUGACCUGGAAAACAUUCUGUCUGAUAGCAUGUCAGGCCACCAAGUGCUAACCUCUGCCGCCGCAGGCUGCGGGUCGAACCUGGGUCCUGUUCAGGAGCAACACGGCACCAUUGACUUCGACUUUGAAGAGUUUCUCAGCGCCGUGCACAUUCAGACGCAGACAGAGGAAAACGAUCUGGAUGGCCUGAACAGUGACACACACCUGGAGUCUUUGGACAUUCAGACCCAGACCGAUUUCUUCCUCAUGGAUGAACUGGACGAAAGCGAGGAACCAAGUCGAACCCAAGCCAGUGACUUGGAGCUAUUCGAUACUCAGACUCAGACUGACCUUAACUUCCUUCUGAACGCUGGAAGCCACAUGCCACUGAGCAGCAUUCUGCGCCAUUCAAGCUUUUCUAUGAGCACAGAGUCCUCAGACACAGAAACACAGACAGACUUCCAUUCAUUUGCUCCGUGCAUCCCUGUUCAAACCCCCGUUGGUCAGGGGGAGCAGGCGAGGCUUUUAAGCAGCACAGAGACUCAGACCAGCCAGGCUGAAGGCUUCGGACACCUCUUCUUGACAAGCAACGAAACACAAACAGUCAUGGAUGACUUCUUGUCAGCUGACUUGCUGUGGAACAUGGAGUCCCAUUUCAGCUCAGUGGAAACGCAGACGUGCCAGGAGCUUUGUGCUCUCUUUCAGCAGCCCGAGAAACCCAACCGUUGAAGUUAUUCAUAAUGAAGCUGCCUAAUCUUUGUGACACGUUUCCUGUGUCUGCCUUUCUAUCAUAGGAAUGAGUGAAGGAUGUCCCCCAGUGGAGCAGCAGUGAAGGUGAAAGAAGUCUGUGAAGAUGUUUGAAUCAUUCCACUCGGGUUAUCUUGUCCAGUGCGUUUCCAGGUCAAUAUCCGACUGCUUUGUGCACUUUAUUAGCUCAAUGGGCAGGAUGUUUCAGCUCCUGACAGUUUACAUAUUUACUAGCACAUGUGACAUAAUGUGUCUUGUCUGAAAUGUAAGUUUUUAUUUCAGUGUUAUUUGGUGUUUCCAUCACACAGAUUAAAACCUAGCACAUCAGUUACAUCUGCAGUUAAUACAAAUGACUGAAUUUAGAGAAGCAUCGACUGCAUGGGGAAAAAUAAAACCUCAGCUGUACAGUUAACACAAGUUGCUUUACGUGUCUUUAAAAUGUGCAUGAGCCUUCAAUUUGUCAUUGCCAAAUAUAAAUUUUGAUCAUAAGCAGCCAAUUGCUGCUUAACCUAAAGGCUAGCAGACAAUUGCAGAGCCGUACGAGUUCUAAAUAAACAAGGAACUUGUCGUUUAGAAAACAAAAAAAUUACAGCAGUUGCACAAGAAAAAAAUGUCAGUUGUAGCACACCUUUUGAUUUGAAAGGGUAGUGUGAAUUGUGAUUGUGUCAUUUUUAUAGGAAACUCUUCAGACUAGGCUGUCUUUGUCUUAUUUAUUAGGUUGGUGUAAAUGUAUAUGCUGGCAGUGAUCCCAAGUCAUCACUUUGGAUCUUCUGCAUUUGCUUACUGCACAUAAACCCAGCUGAUUAACAUUAGCUGCUAUUUUGGCACAAACUUAAUGCAUGUGUUCUAUUUUAAGAAAUUAUCAAUUUAAUUUCUUUAAUCCUGCACUAAAACACUGUUGACGUCUAGUUUUUAAGGAAUCAAAACCUGAUUUUGUUUUGCUGCGUUGCAGCGCGUUACCUCAAUUUGAGUUAGCGCUAAUUGCUGAGGCAUACCAAGCAGCUAAUGCGCUACACAGGAAACAGUGAUUACCGGUAAAUGUAAUUAUCUAUUUUAACUUUUUGGUGCCUUAACCCAGUAUUUUUUGUUCUGUUACACUUCACCUAAAAUAAUUGAUGUUUUGGAAGAUAAACAAAAAAAGAUCAUGAUGAUAUUUGCAUGGGUAUAUAUUUUUUUAUGGUUGCAUGUUACGAGAAGUUUCUGUCAGAAGGCUUGUGCUGUGUCACAUCAAAAUGCAAUGUAACAUGUCACUGGAAACAAUUUGAUGCGUCCCUAUUUUCAUGGCUGCAGAUUGUUGUAGAAGCUAAUGUACAACUUGGUAAAUUUUCUUCACGACAUCUAAAGAUGUUGACAAAUAUAUGCUGUUUUCAUGACUCUUGGCAUAUUCAGUUAUGACAUUUAUUGAUAGUUUGUUUCUUACAGGAGCAAUAGAUGAAUUUUACAGAUAUUUUGCUUUAACCUCUGUGUGGUGUGUGGAUCUGUGUAACCCAUUUUCAUUCUCAAACUCGGACUCACUGGCCUUGGCUCAUUUCCUGUGAAGAACAUAUAUCAGAAUACAUUUUAAAAGUCAGCUACAGUACAUGUUUAUGCCUUUUUGUUCCCAAACAUCACAACAAAGCAUUACUUCCCUUAGUGGGUGAUCGCAUGUGUUUUCAUGGCACAAAAGGCUUUCCGUUUAGUAAAACUGUAGAAUUAUAUGUUGCCUUGAUUACAUGUUGCAGCUUAACUACAAAUGUUCCUAAUAAACUGCAAGAACAUUA